AAAAAAAAGGGUACCAGUUUCUGGGACUUCUCUUCGCUGCUAAGUUUCUGAAAAACUCUUGAGCGAGUGUGUUAUUCAAAACCCAUUUACAAUGCAGAGAAUUAACAGAUUUUGCUCUCCCGUGGAUUCUUCUGCUUUCUUUUGGCUUCAUAUUUUCUGUUGCUCUCUCUGUUUUUCUCUCUUGUUACAUCCUUUCUUUUUGGAGUCUUGAAUUAUGGGCCAAAGCCAUUCCACGAAACAACGACCCAGAGCGGAGUUGCUCUAUGACCUGGUCAGCAUUGGAAACGUGGUAGCCAUCAAAGCUCUUUGGAGAGAAGGUACUAGCCUUGAGUGGAUUGACAAAGAAGGAAGGACCCCCCUCAUUUUGGCAUGCAUGAAUCCCGAACGGAUUCAUAUUGCCAAAACUCUUAUUGAAUUGGGUGCCAACGUCAAUGCUUAUCGUCCUGGGGCUCAUGCGGGUACUCCUUUACAUCAUGCAGUAAAAGAAGGCUUGGGACAGUCUGUUAAGUUACUUCUUUCCCAUGGAGCAAAUACCCUGGUGAGGAAUGAUGAUUUUCAAACUCCACUUGAUGUUGCCAGAGUAAAAGGGUGCGCUAAUGUUGUUCGUGCAAUUGAGAAGCAUGUCUGCUAUUUCUCUGGCUGGUUCCGGGAGUUUUAUGGUCCAAGCUUUCUUGAAGCAUUAGCACCUAAACUGUUAUCAGGAACAAUUUGGGUUGUUGUUAUACCUUUUGGUCCCAGUGAUUCUACAAGGCCUCUCAAAAUGGAGCUCAUAAUAUAUCGUACUUUGCAAGAUGUGCGGCCUCGCUCAGUUAUUGCUCUUUGGAAGGCCAAAAUUGAGAAACCUGAUUUUCAUCAAAAGGAGCCAGCACUAACUAUAGUUGACCAGUUUACCAAAACUCGGUAUAAGCUUACAUCCACCAUUGAGGGUGAUAAACAGCAACUUCAACGGAUACAUAAUGCGUGCUUAGGAAUUCCUCAGAGUUAAAAGCAUCAUUCAUUACAACUAUUGAUGACUGAAGAGUCGAAGACUACAUUGGGAAUCUAUUUGGAAUCUUGAAGAAUGAAGAUUUGUGAAAUUUUAU